AUCUUUUCAAAAAUCGUAGCAGGCAGCGAAUUUGUGUAUUCGAGUUUCUAGUGUAUUUAAAAUCAUUCGCUAGCUGGAAGUUGCGACAGUCGUGUGUUUUUUUGGAAAAUCGAAGAAUCAACUAAAAUAUUCUUCGCUAGCUGAUUUUUUAUUCGAUUGUCUCACUAAUCGAUUUUCAAACUAAUCGAAAAAUCAACUUAAAACGAUUAGAAUUAACUGUGCUCCAAAUUAAAUAGAUCACUUGCGAUCUCUUGUAUUGUUGGUCACUAUUCGCUGUUGGUGCCUUAAAGCCGUUAAAGCCUAAAUAUGAGCUCCUUAAAGACCUGCCCAUUUGACAAAAACCACAUAUUACAAGCGGAACGCUUCAUUGUUCACUUGGUUCGAUGCCAACGCAAUCAUCCCAAUGUUCAGGUACGCUGCCCACACAACGAGGGACACAUUAUACCGCCGGGUGAGAUGGAAACGCACCUCAAUGUGUGCGAUACGAGGGCGCUAAGCGAGCUCAAGGAUCAACAAAUGGUCCAAAAGCCAGUAGAGCAGCCCCUAUUGCCAGUCGGCGAAUCGUGGGAUGAUGACCCAGAUGUUGGAACCUACGAUCCCAACAAUUAUUGCGAGCAGAAUCUGGUGAUACGCCAGCCAGUUAACCUUACGAAGGCUCAGCGCAAGCAGUUCCGCUUAAAAGAACGUGAGCGUCUCGAGAAAAUGGACAACUCAACCAGUGAUGGUUCUAAGCCUUAAUCUUCUUAAGCUUGGCAUACACUCAUAUAAUGAUUUCGAACACAUUCCGAAAAUACUUUACAGAACAUUGAGUUUCAUGAAAAGAAACUAUACACGUGAAUAAUGAACCACCAAGGAGUUGGCUCUUAAACUAAUAUAUAUCUCUAAAAGAAGUAGCUAGACCCAUUGCGUCAACACUUUAUUGGCCGAAGUGUUUGUUUCAACAUAUUCCGGAUACACACAAGAAAACACAGAAAAUCACUCAAAUGUUCAGCGAUAAAGCUAAAGAGCUACCAUUACAGAUUUUUAUUUAUACAUGAGUAUUGGAAUUCACUUAAUUCUUUUACCGUUUAAACAACAUUUUAAGAAUUUAAAUAAAUAUCCCAUUCUAUGGCGAUUUUUUUAUUAA